GUCUUUGUGCACACGGCACCGCGCUGGUGCGGAGCGCAGACCCAACGUGCUACUGUUUACCUCUGCCGUGUGUAUGUAAGCGGUCAGUGUUCGCUCAUGCUGCGGAAAACACCACUGUUAACGUGUUAGCGGCGUGCUUUGUCCGCCAGACUCGGUGCGUCGGACCUGGGCAGCAGACGGAGGACGGAGAGGAGGCCCGGGCCUGUUCCGCGGUGGCCCGGCAUUUGUCCACUUCCCCGAGAAAUGUCACCGCACAACCGCAGUUAGCUGGGAAGCUAACACCGCUAAUUCCCAGUUAAUACGUGAAGAUGUGAAGCUAGUCGUGCUAACAGCGUUAGCAGCUAACAGUGGACCGUUGAAGAUGAUGAGCUCUGUGAGCCACCUCCCAUAACCAGACUCCGUUAAGGAGACGUUCAAUAUAUCAUCUCCCUCUGCACCACAGCGCUAAUAUUUAAAAUAAUGCAUUCAAUAAAAACGUUUUUUUAGACUCUUCGAACAAUCGUCUAGUAGUUGUUUCCACCAACCUAAUCUUUUUUUGUUUCUAUAGCGUCAAAUCACAACAUACUGUACAUCCUCUCACUCUGUGCAUACAGUAGUGAGACAGAAACAUUGACAACGGGGGUGUCAAACUCAUUUAACACUCGGUUAUGUUUCUACAACUACGAUGUCAUUUACACAAGCAGCAGCAGAGACUGUUGUGUCUGAGUGAGUGUGAGUUCCUCCAGCAGCCUAACUAAGAUAUGGUCUAACUAUAAGCUUUAUCCAAAAGGAAGGUUUUAAGUCUAGAUUUAAAUACAGAGAGGCUCCACCUCCUAAAGUGACAUGUGUACCACGGGCUUUACAGACUCUGGGAUUCACAAGUAAGCCUGUAUUUUGGGACUGGAGUGAUCUGUCUCUGGGGCGAUAAGGUGACAUCACUUCCUGUUUGUCGAAGUCCUGUGGACCGUGGCCGUAAUGGCGAGUGACGAGAAGAGACGAGCCACGGCGGCCGUGGUCCUCCUCGUAGUGAGUUUGUUGGGCAGCGGUUCUUCGUCUGAAUUGGACCAUGGCACGUCCGCCCCCGAGGUGACCCGCUUGGUGUCGGCCGUGGUCGACCAGCAGAGGGCGGAGCAGAGCCAGAGACGACACCUGGAGGCGCUGUUCAACAGGUACGGAGAAAACGGCAGCAUCUCUCUGGACGGGUUAAAGCGUCUGCUGCAGAGCGUGGGGCUGGAUCGCAUCAGGACCGUGAUGGUGCAGCAUCAUGAGCAGCUGGACCACCACGGCCACCAUCUCCACGACAACAACUCGCACGACCACAAACUCGUCCACAGCGAAGCCUCGCAGCCGGGAAAGUUCCCGAAGAACCAAGAUGAUCCAGGCGGCACGCGGGGAAAGAAACCGGAGAACCCAGAAAACCAGCAGAACCUAUACCUCAAGAAGACCACAGGGGUGCAGGAGGUCGGCACCGCGGCAGUGUACGGCGCCCAGCUGUUGGCGAAACAAGGGGGCGGCCCAGAACAGCACGGUGCUGCCGGAAACCAAACAACCAGAGCUGCUGUUACCAGGGCGACGGUGACUGACGCUGCUGCAGUCAGCAGAGGAGACGACCACGAUCACAGCCAAGACCCUGACCAUGAUCAUUUGAAUGGCAGCAUGGCGAGUGCAGAGUGCCUGAACGCCUCCAGACUCCUUUCUUCACAUGGGAUGUCUCAGGAAGUGGGCGUGGCCCUCGGAGACUUCAGCUACCUUUGCCCUGCCCUCCUCAACCAGAUCGAUGCUGGGGCGUGCAUCAUACACGCACACACGCUGAAAGACGGCAAACAUCACAAACACGCUCAUGGUCACCAUGGUGACCACAACCACCCGGACCAUGACCACAGCGAGCGCACAGCUGUGGAAAAGAACAUCGCAACAGCGUGGAUCGGUGGCUUCAUCUCCAUCACCAUCAUCAGUCUGCUCUCGCUCCUCGGCGUCGUCCUCAUCCCGCUCAUGAACAGAGUUUUCUUCAAGUUCCUCCUCAGCUUCCUGGUGGCGCUGGCAGUCGGCACGCUGAGCGGCGACGCCUUUCUUCAUCUCAUCCCACACUCUCAGGGAGGACACCAUCAUCACCACAACGAGGACUUUGGGACAAACUUGGAGGAGCAUCAUCUCCAUGGCGAGGAGGACGGAGACCUGGAUGCCGUGUGGAAGGGCGUGACAGCUCUGGGUGGAGUCUACUUCAUGUUUCUCAUCGAACACUUUCUGACGCUGGGAAAAAUGUAUAAGGACAAGAAACAGAAGGUCCAGAAGAAGUAUGAAAACAACGCUGUGGAGAAGCAGACGACACUGGGUGAGAACGACCUGAAGGCACCUGAUGACGUGGAGACAAAUGGCGCCGGGACAUUUGGCGACCACCCCGGCGCUCUGCAUGACGGCAGCGUGGCGGAGGAAGAGCAGGUGAUGCUGGCGCCGCCGGUUGCUGUGGUCUCGUCGCCGGGUUACGGCCGGGCGUCGGGCAGCGCUGCCGCCGCCGUCACCUACACGGACGAGGACUGCGAAAACAAGUGCCACUCCCACUUCCAUGACACGGUGGGCCAGGCCGACAGCAUGCACCACCACCACCACGACUACCACCACAUCCUGCAUCAUCAUCACUCACAGAACCAUCACCCGCACAGCCAUGCCCACUCCUACUCGGAGCAGCACUUCGAGCAGGCGGGUGUGGCCGCGCUCGCCUGGAUGGUCAUCAUGGGAGACGGACUGCACAACUUCAGCGACGGCCUGGCUAUCGGGGCGGCGUUCACAGAGGGUCUGUCCAGCGGCCUCAGCACGUCCGUGGCCGUCUUCUGUCACGAGCUGCCUCAUGAGUUAGGUGACUUUGCGGUGCUGCUGAAGGCCGGCAUGACGGUGCGUCAGGCCAUCCUGUACAAUGUGCUGUCGGCCAUGAUGGCGUUCCUGGGCAUGAUUACCGGUAUCCUGAUCGGACACUACGCCGCAAACAUCUCCAUGUGGAUAUUUGCACUCACAGCUGGACUCUUCAUGUAUGUGGCUCUGGUGGACAUGGUUCCAGAGAUGUUACAUAACGAUGCUGGCGACCACGGCUUCAGUCACUGCGGCUUCUUCCUGCUGCAGAAUGCCGGCAUCCUGCUGGGCUUCUGCAUCAUGCUGCUCAUUGCCAUCUUUGAGCACAAAAUCCAGCUGGACCUGGGAUACUGAGGGGGAGGGGCAGGGGCGGAGUUUGGCGUGUUUUUCUUUAGGUCACUUGUUUUUUUCCCCCAAACUUGAAGUUAAGUCGUGGUAGGCGUGUGAAAAGAUUAAGGAUUACCCAAUUAUGUUCAGCGUCGUGUACGACAGAUUCUGAAACCCGAUCCAUGCUCCUGUCACUCAUCGAAUGGUGCGUUUUCCUUGAUCGUAAUUAAAUGAUAUAAAAAUCAAACACAGUUUAGGUCUUAGAAUCCUAGAAAUUCAGUUUGUAAUAUUUUAUUUUCCAGAUUUAUGUCAAAGCUAAAAGUAUCUGUACUUUUCUCUCAUUAUCCUCUGUUUAGGAUUAUAACUCCAGUGAUGUAAUUCUCAUACAUUUCAAAAAGAUUGCAUCAAUCCCUUCAGUUUUUAAAAUUCUACCUUGAUCAAAGACGUUUACAAGACACGAUAUUGCAAGGAUUUAGUAACGUGUAUAAAUACACGGUGACAUUCACACACACGUGAAGCAACUGUGAAACACAUGAGAAAUGUUAGGGAAAGUUAAUUAUUAUGAGUUUUAUUAACACUUUUUGUUACAGAUAGAUUUUUAUAAAGUUAGUUUGGCCUUAAAGGACAAUGCACAACAUAUGAUGCCUGGAGACACAAGGAAACACAGAUUUUAGGCACUUAAUCAUAGUCAUCGAUUUCUACGUCACAUGAUCACGUCUUUAUCUCACUGUGAGACAGACUUUUCCAACAGGAAACUGAAGUUUGUAAACCACUCACUCUCCCACACCAAAGUCUCGAGAAAAUCAGUGAUUUUAACAUCACACACACACAGGAGUUGUUGAUCCACUGCUGCCUCCAUCACUAAGUUCAAAUGUCUUCUUUUGUCAAUUCGGCUUUCAGAUUGACUUCAGUGACAGAAAGUGACCACACGAGGCAGCAGAGGACCAGCAGCUCCUGUGUCCCUGUGAGCUAAGAUUGUACACUGAUUUUCUCUAUGAGAUUUGGUGUGGGAGAUUGAAUGGUAAGAUAUCGUAGACUGACAUAGAUUUUACGUCUUUUCCUUUGUUUCUGUGUCAGGAUCUCAUAAAACCCCCCACAUAAUUUGCAAACUAUUCCUUUAAAGCUCCGCAAGUAUUGCUUUUUUCUUGAGUCGGCAGCUCAGCGCUAACUAAUGCUUUGUCAACAGUUUCAUGUCACGUUUAGGUCAAAGUUCACGCGGACAUGGGCCCCUCUCUGUAUGUUACAUGUACCUUAUUAUUAUACAUGUUUGGGGUUUUGUGUGUGGGCGGGGCAUAUUCUGUUAAAGAAAAAAGUGUUAAUCAGAUCACGUCAAGACUCUGCGCUAAAUAUUUUAUUAAUUGUCAUUUGUCUCAUUAAAGCUGAAGUCAGUGAUCUCAUCAUGUCUGUCACUGCCGCGUUUCUCUUGUUUCGAAUUUCCGCCUCAAGUGGCUUUUACGAAAUUCACGCAAAAUUUUUAAAGAAUUUAAAACCUUGUGAAUUUAGCUUCUUCACAUCCCCUAAUGUUACCGAUGUGAACACGACGUGCACUUGCGUGCCUAAUGCUAAGCUAACUAACUUAAACAAAAAAAAAAAAAAAAAAAUUCUGCCCAAGGUGGAAUAUUGUGAAGUGAACAUCGUACAUUUAUCUUGAUGUAAAUGUAACUGGAUCUUUGUGUUAAUUUGCGUUACUCAAGUAAACUAAUGCUAAGCUAACUACCUUCAUAGUAAAAAAAUGCGAUAGUAACGCAUGUUUUCCAAUGUUUCCAGGUAGUUUCACUUCCUGCCCCACCCUCUUCUUCCUAACACAUCAAUAACUGUACCUUAAAAGAAUGUCGUAACUUUAUCGUAACUUUAUUAAGACGCUUUAUUAAGCUAGCAUCCAUCCACUCUUUUUUUCGUUCUUGUUUUAUGUAAUCUUGUUGCGUAAACCGUGUGUCUAAUGCUAAGCUAACUACCUACCGAUAUUGCCUCGGAUGUUCCAACACUCGAGACAUUAACUUUUGCGUAAGAACUUUGAAUAACAGACUUGUCGCAGAGUGAACAGCCGAUCGGUAAAAAUGGAGGAAAAUCACUGACUGCAGCUUUAAACAUGUUGUGUGACUUCAUUGCCGUGAGUUGAAACUGUUGUCAUGGAAACAUUUACACUUUAGAUGCAACAACAAAAAAAGGUCAAAUCUGUUACAUGUUUAUCAGGGAAAAAAGAGAAAAUAUUGCGAUAAAUGUUUCAUCAUGCUGUUGUGAUUUCUAUGUUGUUUUUUACAGAAACAAAUUCUUAAGAAAAACUUCAACGCAAAUGUGUUUUUUUUCAAGUUAUUGAUUUUACUUUUUUAAUUUUGUUUCUCUGAAUGUUUGGCUUCUGUCGGCCGUCUUCUGUUGUCUGUCCUUCACAACAUUCCUGAAUACAUGAACUCCAUGAAAAUAAAGCUGCUGCUCUUUUUCUCUCCACUCA